AUGGACGACAUAGUCGACGAUUUACAAAGCAUGAGCUUCAACUCCACCGCCACAGACAUCCACCGCUCAACCAGUUAUGCUCUUAAACCAUCAAUUGGACCUGCUCAUCCGCCCACCACUUCUACCCUCCCUCUACCAUUGUCAAACCUUACUCCUCCAUUACUCAAUCCAGUGACCCAUGCUGGGGGCUCCAUCCAUCGCUUCCACUGCAUGUCCCUCUCUGAUCUUUGCUUUCUCCACCACCUCGGCUCCAGAAAUAUCCGAUCCAUCUACUUAGCCAACCUAAAGUCAUCGUCCUCGAAAGAGCAGCCUAAACCCUCCCUGACGGCUCUCUUCGCAGCUAAGGUUAUGGACAAGAAGAAACUCGCAAAUAAGGUUAUAACAGCUUCACCGAGCAGCGGCACAAGUCAUGGGAGAAGAAAUUGGGCACGGCGACGGUUUCAGCCAGUGGAUAGAGAGAAAGGGGAUAAAGGGAGACUAGCUAGAAUUUAG